AAUUCUCUCACUCAAAUCACCUUGCAAUUGCAUGCUACCAAACUCCAAACUAGUGUAGGAACUAGCAGGCAGCAGCCUAAUCCUUCUAGGGAUUGCCUCGUCCCACAUCUCCAUAAAUGAUCCGCAGCCGCCCAAUGCGAGUCCGAAAAGUGUCGCUAUCCUAGCCAGCCCUAACUAUUUGGCUUGGCGUCGGAAAAUCCUGAGCACAUUGGCACGCCCGUACGAGGACUAGGCCGGGGGAUGGAGCAGGAGCUGAGGACCGGCGGCGGCGGCGGCGGCCUCAGGGCGCACAGCUCCGUGUGCUUCUCCUGCGCGCUCAUCGACGGCCCGCGCAUCCAGCAGCUGCUGCUCCACUGCGCCGCCGCGUUGGAGUCCAACGACGUCACGCUGGCGCAGCAGGCCAUGUGGGUGCUCAACAACAUCGCGUCGUCCCAGGGGGACCCCAACCAGCGCCUCACGUCGUGGCUGCUCCGCGCGCUGGUCGCGCGCGCGUGCCGUCUGUGCGGUCCGGCCGGGGCCACCCAGGCGGCGCCCGCACCGCGGGAGCGUGCGAUGUCGGUGACGGAGCUCGCCGAGUACGUCGACCUCACGCCGUGGCACCGGUUCGGCUUCACGGCCUCCAACGGCGCCAUCCUCCGGGCCGUGGCGGGCAGCGCCGCCGUGCACGUCGUCGACCUCAGCGUCACGCGCUGCAUGCAGUGGCCGACGCUCAUCGACAUGAUGUCCAAGCGGCCUGGGGGCCCGCCGGCGCUCCGCAUCACCGUGCCGUCCGCCCGCCCCGCCGUGCCGCCUCUGCUCGGCGUGCCGGACGAGGAGCUCGGCGUCCGUCUGGCCAACUUCGCCAAGUCCAAAGGCGUGCAGCUAGAGUUCAACGUCGUCAGCAAAGGCCCGAGCACCAGCCCGACGUCGUCUACAAAGAAUAAGGCAACGCUCUGCCAGGACCUGGCGUCCGUGCUGUCGGACCCGCCGUCGCUGGCGCUCCGGGACGGCGAGGCGCUCGUCGUCAACUGCCAGAGCUGGAUCCGCCACGUCGCGCCGGGCUCGAGGGACGCGUUCCUCGACGCCGUCCGCGCGCUGAACCCGUGCCUGGUCACCGUGACCGACGAGGACGCCGACCUGGACUCGCCGAGCCUCGCGUCCCGCAUCGAGGGGUGCUUCAACUUCCACUGGAUCCUGUUCGACGCGCUGGACACGUCCGCGCCCAGGGACAGCCCGCGGCGGGUGGAGCACGAGGCGGCCGUGGGCCGGAAGAUCGAGAGCGUCGUGGGCGCCGACGACGCCGACGGCGCGGAGCGGUCCGAGUCCGGCGCGAGGCUCGCGGAGCGGAUGCAGCGGAACGGGUUCGCCGGCGUAGCGUUCGACGAGGAAGCGGCGGGUGAGGUGAGGCGCUUGCUGAGCGAGCACGCGACUGGCUGGGGCGUGAAGCGGGAGGAGGACAUGCUCGUGCUCACCUGGAAAGGCCAUGGCGCCGUGUACACGGGCGCCUGGGCGCCAAGCUAAUUUAGCUAUCUGCUGCUAGGAGCCUAGGAUGCAUGGCAGAUGGCACCAUGGGAAGAAAGUAGGCUAGGUAGCCUAUGUUUCCGAUUAGCUCAAGAAGAAUCAAGCUAAACGGAUUUGACACAGAAACAAAUUUCCUCAAUAUAGUCAGUUCCAUUCGACCAUGAUCGCGGCGACAGAACGAU